GACUAUGGUAGUGAUAAGCUACCUGUCACCACGUACUCAUCGUGGCAUUCUCAGUAGGCUGUAUUGGGAAUAGUGGACUUCAAUUCGACCGAACCAAUUCAUGGAUUGGUGAUUUUGAACACGAGCAGGAUUUUGAUAACCUCAACCGACCAUUCGUAUCGAAACCCCCUAAUCAAAGAUCCACUUUUGGACGAAGAGUAUCCGCAGGUCGUCGUCGAUGGGGCGAUGACUGGAAGUGAAGAAGCGCCCAAAUGGAUGAUUGUGCGAAGGUGGAUUGUUAUUGCUGUUGGACGACAAAACUCUUUUCCCGGCUGCCGAUCGAAGUCAGUGCUCGUCGGGAUAUGGUUCUAGCUGGAUCGUUCCGUCCAAGUGCGAUUCGUCGGCGAUUUGUAUCGGUUUUGCUACAGUGUUGUUUGAUCUUGAGUGAAAGUGAUUGGAAACUCGAUUAGAACCCGAGCCGUGAUAGUGAAAGUGAAACUUUUGUGUUUUGUGAGUGUCCCAGUGUUGAGUUUAGGUGACGCAGUUUUAGGAGCAAUACGCGCGAAACGAUGAGCAGUUUCGUGGUGAACAACGUGGCCGGUGAGUCCGGCCGGAAGUUGCCACAGUACAUUGCUGGACUGGCUGCGUCCGGUGGUGCCUUGGCGGCUGGUACUUUCCUUGGGUGGACUUCACCGGCGGAGAUCCCGCUGGUUCAGAAGCAGGAGUAUGGAUUCCCCAUCAGUACGGAGGACUUCUCGUGGAUUGGAUCGAUGGCCAAUCUGGGUGCGGCUCUGAUGUGCUUCCCGAUCGGUAUUCUGAUGAAGAUGAUUGGCCGGAAGUGGGCCAUGUUGACGAUGGUUCUACCGUUACUCCUCGGUUGGUUGCUGAUCAUCUUCGCCAACAACGUGGCUAUGCUGAUGGUGGGUCGGUUCUUCCUCGGUAUCGGAGGCGGUGCUUUCUGUAUUGCGGCUCCGACGUAUACGGCUGAGAUUGCGCAGUCCUCGAUCCGUGGAACGCUGGGAACAUUCUUCCAACUGCUCGUCACGGUCGGUAUUCUGUUCGUGUACGGAGUCGGUGCCGCUGUAAACGUACAGGUGCUGAGCAUCAUCUGCGGUGUUAUUCCGAUUGCGUUCGGAUUGAUUUUCUUCUUCAUGCCCGAGAGUCCUCACUAUUUUAUCGAAAAAAGUCGAGAUGAUGAGGCUUCCAAGUCACUGAAGUGGCUCCGUGGAAGCAGCUAUGACGAGCGAGCCGAGAUCGAGGAACUGAAGGCCGAAGACGCAAAGAUGCGAGAGGAAAAAAUCACCUUCACCCAGGGCUUCAAGCAGCGAUCUACCAUCCGGGCGUUGAUCAUCUCGCUGGGAUUGAUGUUCUUCCAGCAGCUGUCCGGUAUCAACGCGGUCAUCUUCUACACCACAACCAUCUUCGAUGAUGCCAAUACCGGGCUAGAAGCCACCGCUGCCACGAUCAUAGUCGGAGUCAUCCAGGUGGUCGCCACACUGCUGGCCACCUUCAUCGUUGACAAAGCCGGUCGUCGUAUCCUGUUGAUGAUCUCCGACUUCUUCAUGGCUAUUUCCACGAUCCUCCUCGCCGUGUACUUCCAGCUCAAGGAAGACGAUGCCACGCAAGUAGAAAAUCUGGGCUGGCUCCCAGUGCUCGCUGUGUGCCUCUUCAUUGCCAUGUUCUCCAUCGGUUUCGGCCCUAUCCCUUGGCUCAUGGUUGGAGAGCUCUUCGCCAACAACGUCAAGGCCUACGUCAGCCCUCUGGCCGGUGUUUUCAACUGGCUGCUCGCUUUCCUCGUAACGAAAGUAUUCACCAAUCUUCGCGAUGCCCUCGGAAUUGCUGGAGUAUUCUGGCUGUUCUCCGGACUGUCACUCCUCGGCACCGUAUUUGUGUUCUUCAUGGUACCGGAAACGAAGGGCAUCUCGCUGGCGGACAUCCAGCGAAUGCUAUCCGGCGAAAAAGUGCGACGUUCCAGCGGUCACAGCAAUCCGGCCCUGGAGGAUGACGAGAAACCCGAUUCACGCUAAAGAGUGAGAACUCUUUGGACUCUAGCAAUUACUUUUUUUGUAAAUAUUUUUCCCCGUUUGAGGCCAACUCUACUAGAUACAGCUAAGCCGAAAAUUAUAGGAACUGAUAAAUGAAAACAUCACUUCACUCUAUGAGGAGAGAGAGGCCUAGAUCGCUACUAAUACAUAUUAUUGAUUUUUUUUAUUGUAACGAUAGUAAUUUAUCCGUAGCAAAGUAUGAUACACAUGAGAAAUGCGAUUGAGUGAAAAUUUGCUCAUGAGAUGUUAGGAGCGAUAACAACAUAUCCAAUGAUCACAUGUAUGUACCAGAAAAUAAACUAUGUAAGACCAU